AUGUGGCAGGGUAUUUUCUUUUGGGCCCCCCUGGUGCUCGGCAUCCAGGCGACCAGCCCCUCAUGUCGCUGUUUCCCCAAUGAGCCUUGUUGGCCCUCACUGCAGCAGUGGAGCGAUUUCAACGCGACCCUCGGCGGCAAACUGAUCUCAACGGUACCAAUCGGGAGCGUCUGUCACACUCACGGGGAAUACGCCGCCUAUGAUCCGGAAGCGUGCGCUGAUUUGAUCUCUGACUGGGGCUAUCCUGUUACUCAUUACGAUACUUCCUCGUCACCCAUGGCCUCAUGGUUUUCCAAUUUCUCUUGCGACCCGUUCCUGGCCCCCGAUGUUCCCUGCAAUAUCGGCUCUGUGCAGUGGUUUGCGGUCAAUGUCAGCACCGCUGAAGACGUCCAGAAGACCCUACGCUUUACCAACGAGCACAACAUUCGCCUCGCCAUUCGCAACACGGGACAUGACUAUUUGGGCAAGUCAACUGCACCUGGUGCAGUAGCUCUGUGGACCCACUAUCUCAAGGACACACAGCAUCUCGAAUAUAGUUCUGCCCACUACACUGGUUCCGCUAUGCGGCUAGGCGCGGGGAUCCAAGGAUUUGAAGCAACGGCUGCAGCGCACGCACAGGACAAGGUUGUCGUCACCGGAAAUUGCGAGAGCGUUGGCAUCGCCGGCGGAUACACUCAGGGUGGGGGCCAUGGUCAGCUUGCCUCUCAGUUCGGGCUUGCUGCAGAUCAAGCUCUUGAAUGGGAAGUCGUCACAGCUGAUGGAAAGUUGUUGACAGCUUCACCGACUGAAAAUGCUGAUCUGUACUGGGCUCUUAGCGGUGGCGGCGGCGGUACCUAUGCCGUUGUACUCAGCGUUACGGUGAAGACACAUCCAGAGAUGACCACAUCUUCUGCGACUCUCACGUUUGAUGGGACUGGCGUGUCAACAGAGUUUUGGAAAAUCGUGCAAACAUUUGUGGUGGAUAUCCUGCCGCUCCUCGACGCGGGGGCCGUUGCGAUCUGGGCAAUUUCCGGCUCAAUCUUCAGUUUGACACCUAUUUCGCUCCCGGGAGGCCGCCGGGAUCAGCUACAGGAGGCACUCACGCCAACCUUGGCUCUGCUCAAGCAGAGCAACAUAAGCUACAUGCUUACCACUAUCGCAGCCUACGAUAUUCAGGAGUUCCCCACUUUCUGGGCUAGCUUCCAAGCCAUGAAUCCCCAUAGUAACAUCACAGAAGCCCAGAUUGGAGGACGCCUAAUACCGCGGUCAACAGUUGAAUCUGACCUCGCUUCGCUGAUAUCAGCCAUCCGGAGCAUUGCCGAAGAGGGCGUAGUCGUAUCUGGUGUCUCACUCAAUGUGUCCCGUGCCGCUAUCCCCUUCAACGCAGUGAAUCCUGCCUGGCGCGAUGCCGCCAUCUCCUUCGUGCUCGGAACCACUUACAAUUACACGAACCCCAAGGUGGAUAUCCAAUGCCAGUCCCUGAUGACGGACUCAAUUGUUCCUCGCCUCGCCGCUCUGAGUCCUGGUGGCGGAGCGUACCUCAACGAAGCGGACUGGAGACAGCCUGAUUGGCAAUCGGUCUUCUAUGGCGAUAAAUACCCGCUACUGGAGGUUAUUAAAGCGAAGUAUGAUCCCGAGCAUGUUUUCUAUGCUCGCACUGCUGUCGGCAGCGAGUGGUGGCAUGAGGAGUUGGAUGGACGACUUUGCCGGGCAGCAUGCGCAUGA